AUGGAGCCUCUGAUCCGUGCCGAGAGAGAUGCCGAAAUUAUUCUCGUCUUUGCCAACCGCUGCGGUAUCGAACGAGAUGUAUUGUACGCCGGUACUAGUGCCGUCAUGGGCAUCCAGAACGGCGAGGUCAACAUUUAUGGAGUCCUCGGCAGGGGCACCAAGCAUCUCCUCGUUGUUGACACGGACAACGCCCCAUUUGCGAAGCUGGUCCGUCGUCCAGGCAGGGAUACGGCCGAGGGCGAGUGGGAUGGCGUCACGCCCAACGCCGGCGUCGAGGCCCACGAUUUGUCUUUGCCUGACUACGAUGAGCUGGACAGACUUUUGGACCUGAAUAGAGUCGCAGACCCCGUUAGCUCUCGGCCCUCAGCGCCCGUGCAGUUGUUACCGGUCAAUUUCCCGCUGUCUGCAUGUUUGCCCGAAAAGGCCAAAGAAGCUGUUAUUGAUGGAAGUGUGGAGCCUAGCAAACUGACGAAGCUGGAUGGGAACCCAACCAAAGAGAAAACAACCAACUGCGUGAUUGGCUUCAAUGUUACGGGAGUGGUUCCAAACGGGCUAGUCGAGAUACCACGCGCUGACAGUUCCACGUUAACACCCGCUCGGCCCCGACUUAGAAUAUUGACUGCGACGUCACCAGCGCCGGCCAACAACCCACACUCCUCGGACAUUAGCGCCCGACCGAUAAUAGCACUGCCACACGAUCUCGUCACACCACCACCGAGUGGCGAGUUUCCCGGCCAAGAGUACCUCACUGCAGGCCAAGCAGAACUUCUUGCGCUCAGUGACACGGCUUUGUACUCGCCAGAGGAGCCAGUUUUGCCAUCCGCAUGUCAGUCGCUGUUGGACUUCAAACCACUGCCGCUAUGGCCACAUCGAUUAUCCGAAGCAAAAAGUGCAUUUGGGGUGUCGCCCGUGAGAACGGAACUGACGGUACCAACAUCGCCAGCUCCAGCACUCGAAAAAGUGCCUCCAGUGGAGCAGUCGCCGGAUGCCGAAAGCGUGCCGCAAAUGGAGGUGCAGACGCCCGUGACAGCUAUACUGGCACCACAGGCAGUAUCGCACGGAUACAUACCGCUCCUGCUAUUAAUAAACGUCGGUUUUGAGGAGAAACACUAA